AUGGCUGCCGCUGCUGCUUCUUCUUCUUGCAGUUCUUCCUGGACUAACCAUGUGUACUUGAGUGUUAAAGGUGAAGAUACUUGUGGUUUCACUUCUCAUCUUUAUAAUGCUCUGAAACAGAGAGGAAUCCAUGCUUUCAUGAACCAUCCAUGGAAUGAGACGGAUAUCUCUGGAGCAAUAAUACCAACAAUUGAAGAAUCAAGAAUUGCGUUAGUAAUUCUCUCUCCAGUUUAUGCUUUUUCACCAUCGUGGCUGAAUGAGCUGGUGAAGAUAAUGGAGUGUAAGAGAAGUCUAGCUCAGGUGGUUAUCCCCAUAUUCUAUAACGUAGAUCCCUCUGAUGUUCUUCAUCUGAGAGGCCAAUAUGGUCAAGCAAUGGAAAUACAGGAGCUAUCGCCGGGAAGGGGCCGUGAUCAGUUGUUGCGGUGGAGGCAAGCACUUGCCGAAAUAUCCACAAUUCCCGGCUUUACUUACUCAGCAUCUCAAGACAGCAGUUGGACUGAAAGUGAGCUGGUUGAGAAAAUUGUUGAGCAAGUUUCACGAGAAUUACCGUCUACUUCUAACCAUCCAACGGGAAUACAGUCACAAGUUCAUAAACUAAAAGUUGAUGAAUGGUUGAAUUAUGACGUGUUCUUGAGUUUCAGAGGCAAAGACACUCGUCGCGGUUUCACUUCUCAUCUUUAUAAAGCUCUAAGGCAGUCAGGAAUCCAUGCUUUCAUGGACGAUACAAGGCUUGAAAGGGGAGAAGAGAUCUCCGUCUCAUUAUUGCAAGCAAUUGAAAGAUCCCGAAUUGCGCUCGUAAUUCUGUCUCCAGAUUAUGCGUCUUCCACAUGGUGUCUGGAUGAACUGACAGCCAUAUAUGAUGAAGCCAUGCAAGUACACGAGGAAAGGUUUGGAAGAGAGUGUGAUCGGGUGAUGCAGUGGAGGAAGGCACUCAAUUACAUUUCCAAACUUGCCGGCUUUGAUUUAUCACAAAAUUGGAUUGAAAGUGAUAUGAUUCAGACUAUUAUUGAGCAUAUUUCAGAAAGAGUAGACACUGGACAAUUGGUUGUAGCUGAGCAUCCAGUGGGAAUAAAGCUUCGAGUUGAUGAAUUGACAAUUGAAUGGUCAGGGAAAAACAAAAUCCAAAAACCUCUUAUCAUAGGCCUCUGGGGGAUGGGAGGCGUUGGCAAAACAACUGCCGCCAAAGCCAUUUACAAUACAAUUGGCCUUGAGUUUAGAAGAGCAAGAAGUUUUCUUGCAAAUAUAAGAGAAACUUCAAAGCAUGUUAAUGGCCAAGUCAAUUUGCAAAAGCAACUCAUUUUUGAUAUACUUCAAGUAAAAGUUUCCAAGAUACCUAACAUUGACAGAGGAAAAAAAAUAAUUCAAGAAAGAUUUCCCAACAUAAAAUCAUUUAUUGUAUUGGAUGAUGUGGACAGUGUCAAUCAACUGAGCACACUUUGUGGUAGUCUUGAAUGGUUUUGUCCUGGAAGUAUAGUGGUCAUAACAACUAGAAAUAGCCAUUUACUUGAUGCCAUUAAUGCUGACCACAAAUAUGAAAUAGAAGAAAUGAAUCAAAUGGAGUCUCUUAUGCUUUUUAGUUGGCAUGCCUUUAAGCAAGCCGAUCCCAAGGAAGACUUCAAAGAAUUGUCUAAAAUGGUAGUUGGAUAUUGUGAUGGACUUCCACUGGCUCUUGAAAUCCUUGGCUCCUAUUUGCGUGGGAGAACAAUUAAACAAUGGGAGAAUGUGUUGUCGAAAUUACAAAGGAUUCUUACUAAAAGUAUACAUGAAAAGUUAAAAAUAAGCUAUGAUGGAUUGGAUGAUGAUACAGAGAAGGAUAUUUUCCUUGACAUAUGUUGCUUCUUUAUCAAUAAGGACAGGAACUAUGUUACACAGAUAUUAGAUGGUUGUGAACUUUAUGCAGAAAAUGGAUUACAAAUCCUCAUAGAGCGGAGCCUGGUGAGAGUAGGUAGAAAUAAUAAGCUUGAAAUGCAUGAUUUAUUACAAGAAAUGGGAAAAGAAAUCAUCCGUGGAAGCCCACCUAAAGAUCUUAAGAAACAUAGCAGACUAUGGUCUCAAGAAGAUGUGCUUGAUGUGUUAACAGAUCAUACAGGAACCGAAGCUAUUGAGGGUAUAUCUCUAAAGGUAUCAAAAACCCAUAGAGAUCCCAUCGAUUCUAAGGCAUUUAAGAAGAUGAAGAGACUCAGAUUGCUCCAACUAGACUAUGUAAAUCUUAAAGGAGAUUAUAAACACCUUUCCAAAAAGUUGAGGUGGGUUCGUUGGCAUGGAUUUUCAUCAAAAUACACUCCAAACAACUUUUACCAAGAAAAACUAGUUGCUAUUGACUUCAAAUAUAGCAACCUCAAAGUAGUUUGGAAAGAGUCCAAGAAGUUGCCAAUGUUGAAGACACUCAAUCUCAGCCAUUCACCUUCCUUGACACAAACUCCUGAUUUUACAUAUCUACCUAAACUUGAAAAGCUUAUGAUAAAAGAUUGUAAGAGUUUGAUGUUAAUUCAAGAGAGCAUUGGGGAUCUAAAAACUCUCCUCCAUCUUAAUCUCAAAGAUUGCAAGAGCCUCAAAGAUCUUCCUAGAAGCAUCUACAAGUUGAAAUCAUUAAAGACUUUCAUUAUUUCUGGUUGUUCAUUGAUUGACCAUUUAGAAGAUGAUAUUGAGCAAAUGCGGUCCUUGACAAUUCUUAUGGCAGAUAACACUUCCAUAACACAACUACCCAAGUCAUUACCAAGAUUGGAAGGGCUUAAGCAUGGAUAUGUCUCUUUCCCUGGUCAUGAAGGAAGAGGGCAAGACAUAUUUCCUUCUCUCAUAUGGUCUUGGACGUCACCUUAUGAUUUUCCUCAAUCCCCUUCCAGGUACGUGGGAGCAAUGUCGAUCACAGUUUCGAUUUAA